CCUUCCCCACCGGAUGCUGUAGCAGAGCCUCAUGCCACGUUAGCGCCCAUGGACCAUGUGGCCGGCACCAUCGUCGAACGGGUUCAGUCUCUGAGUGACAUUGAACUCGCCUCACUCCUCUGCCUUGUCGCCGACCAGCAUUGCAUCAUCGAGGCCGAAGAGGGGCUACUCGAUGGAGUUGAGAGGGAGAUACAACUUGUGUCUUCCGAUGUCUUUGGAUUGUCAUGCUGCGUCUUGAACUGCUCGGAAAGUACCACUUUGGAUGACUUCGGAAAGGGCAUUCUCGUGACCGAAGACGAUGACAGAUUCGAUUUCAGUGAACGGAGAAGAUCUAACGAUGAUUAUUUCUCGUCCUUCUCAAUUUCGGAUCAAAUAAGGCACUCAGAGAAGCGUGUUCCAAGGUCGCCGGGGGCCUUCAACCCACUAGACAGCCGGAAGAUCGCCAACAUCGUCAUUGCAAAGAACUUGAACGAGACUCACCAACAAGUUCAGAUUCAGGCUCUUGAGCUCAUACGUGGAAAGAGAGUAUUCACGAGAACAGCAGUUCACGCAGCACCAAAGCCUUUUCUUUUCAUAGCUUUGAAUGCUUCUGAGUCCGAAUUCAAGCUCAUCCAACACUUGAACGAUCAAUUCUUCAUUUCGCACAGGCACUUCGCCGAGGACGGCCUUCCCAACCUGGAGGAAUUGCUAGCCAACGCGAAUUUUUCAGAGGAUGGCACAUCAGCUUCAUCGGUAAUCCGAUCGACCCCAAUGAAACUCCCUGCUUCAAAGCCUACGAUGCCGAUCUUUUCGCAAGAUGACCUUAAUGCACUCGUAGCUUCCACCGCGGAGGUGCGCAUAAGCCCGGAAAUCCGUGCAUAUAUGCACAACAUCAUCGUCUUCUUGAGAUUACAUCGCGCCGUUGCAGGAGGCAUCUCCGCAGCCUCUACGCGACAUUUCAGCGCGCUAGUCCGAGCUCUCGCGCCCCUUCACGGUUAUACGUACGCGUCGCCGUCUCUCGUCACCCUUGCAACCAGCAAGAUAUUCCGGCAUAGAAUCGUGCUUACCACGCCAGAGAACGAGCGAAGCAUGCAGUGGGGAAGUUCAUUAGAUGCUGUAAAGGCCGUGUUGGAUGGUGUCACUGCGGAAGAUGUUAUAGAAGAGGUGUUGCACGCAGUAGAGGUUCCCUUAUAGAAGGACAGUACCAAGACAGAUAUUUAUACAUAAUACCUGAUGCUAAUGUUGACCUCUCUUCUAGGUCUCUGGUGGCCUGAUGAGCCAUCCCGAACAAUGGCGAGCUUGGUCAAUUGGACUUGUUUGAGUCCGCCCUAACCUUCCCCCUUUCUGCUAAUACAUGAGGAUUCCGUAUCCACGGUAAUCUGGGAAUGCAAUCUGUGAGUCAAGCUACAGUCUCGAAACACUCCCGGAUGUAUCAUAAAUGAGAGAUUGAAAUCUCAUCUGUGCAGGAUUGUCAAUCUGGCGUGUGGAAUUGGACGC